UGCCCCAUGUGACUGGAGGGAGGAGGACGCGGGAGCUGCUGUGCUCAGGAGCGGCUCACAUUACACGCUCUGUGCCGGGCAGGACGCUACGAGCCCGGGCACGAACAAGUAACAUCAUGUCUGAGAACACGGACAUCACCCUGGAAAAUAACACCAGCAGAAGACUGUCCAGGCAGCAAGUCCUAACAAUGAUUUCUGCCGCCUCUCUGAACUUUAGCUCCAUGAUAUGUUACUCCAUUUUGGGACCCUUCUUUCCUCAAGAGGCAGUGAAGAAAGGUGUCAGUAACACAAUGAUCGGCGUCAUAUUUGGCAGCUUUGCAUUGUGUAAUUUUGUAAGCUCGCUAAUACUAGGAAAAUAUAUUGUUCAGAUUGGAGCAAAAUUUAUGUUUGUGGCUGGAUUAACCAUUUCUGGAGUUGCCACAAUUCUUUUUGGAUUGCUCGACAAAGCACCUGACGGAGCAAUAUUCAUAGCAUUGUGCCUUAUCUUGAGAUGCGUGGACGCUGUGGGCUUUGGUGCUUCAAUAACAGCCUCAUCUUCUAUUCUGGCGAAGGCAUUUCCUAACAAUAUAGCCACUGUAUUUGGCUCUCUUGAAAUUUUCACUGGGCUGGGUCUCGUUUUGGGUCCUCCAGUCGGCGGAAUUCUCUUUCAAACAUUUGGAUACGAAGUUCCAUUUAUUACAAUUGGCUGUUUUCUCCUGUUAAUUGUCCCAGUCAAUAUCUUUGUCUUACCAACAUAUGAUGAUUUACCUGGGAAAAAUUCUUUUUUGGCUUUAGUCAAGCUGCCAAAGAUUAUAAUACUGUGUGUUACUGUAUAUUCAUUGGCUGCAUCUUUAGCAUUUUUGGACCCAACCAUGUCCCUUUUUCUUAUAGAAACAUUUAAUUUGAAGGUCAGUUAUGUUGGCUUAGUGUUUCUCGGACUCGCUUUAUCAUAUUCACUAAGUUCACCACUUCUUGGAGUAGUAAGCGACAGAUUACCUGAAUUGAGGAAGUGGCUUCUUAUUUUUGGCAGCCUUGGUACCGCAUUGUGUUUUUUUAUGUUAGGACCUGCACCUAUAUUCCACAUUGAAAGUAAAUUGUGGCUGUUUAUCUUCGUACUGGUCUUGGAUGGAUUUUGUAUUGGUCUUUCUUCUAUACCAGUAUUUCCAGAAAUGCUCAGUGCAGCAUAUGAGAAUGGCUUUGAAGAAGGCCUUAGCACCAUGGGCUUGAUAUCUGGACUGUUCACUGCAGUGUGGUCAACAGGAUCAUUUGUGGGCCCAACGCUUGGUGGAUUUCUAAAUGAGAAGUUUCAUUUUCAGUGGGCGGCUGCCUUUCAGGGACUUCUACCUUUAGUGUCUUUUGUGCUGAGUUUAACAUUUUACUCCUGGGAGGCAAAGAGAAAGAAAAAAAGGUCUAGUUCAUUGGAAACUAACAGCACAGUUCAAGAAAGGGAACCUUUGCUACCAGAAGAAUAACACCAAAUCUACGUAAAUGGAUCAUGUAUUUCAUCAGGUGUAUUGAACUAUCAGUUUUGCUUGUCAAUGUUUAAAUGGCCACUGGCAAUUUAACAAACUACUUUGCAUAAAUCAAUAGAAGACAAGAAAGUGAAGAUAAAAACUUUGUAAUGUGUCUUAUUACAGAAAAUGUGCUCUUACUCCACUUAUUAGACUCUUAUUCUUCCUCUCUCCUGCACUAAACACUCACAGGUAAAAUUUGUUUUAAGAGAGGAAGAGAUGUUUUAUUGUACUAAGGAUCAGGUUACUGCUGCUGCCCCUAGAAUUUGGGUGGGGGAGGAAGAGGGAGCAGUUUACACAGAUUCACAGACCGUCAUGUUGCUGCUGCUGCUUCUGAAGGUGUGCUAAAGAGAGAUGGGGGAGCAUGAUCUCCACUUCUCUGUGUGUGCUGUAUAUGAGAGACAUUAUAACAGCAAUUAUCUGCUCACGUUGGAGCUGAGCUUAGGGACAAUUGACAAUUACAGAUGACGUAUUCCUUACAUAUACAGAACAACAGAUUAUUCUGAAAAGUUAUCUGAAAUGACAGGUAUUCUUUAAAGUGAUUGUCUAGUACCUCCCUUACUAGGGCUCAUUUGAUGAUCUUUUUCUCACUGGUGAUUUAGUAGUCUUAUUUCAUAAUCAUUCUGCCUUUGCUAUAUUUGAAAUAUUCUCCCCAUGCACUGACUUCCUGAUGAGCCUGCCAAUAGACUUGUAUUUAUACACAACAGCGAAUCCAAGAAGGAAAAGAAAAGGAGAGGGCAACAGCCUGAACCAGUGUUGUGACAUGUGAACAGAGCCUUAAAACUGGUUAGUCAGAGAGACAGAACUGAAUUACUCAGAGAUGUAGACACACCCAAAGGGAAAUCCCAGGAUAGAAACAGAGUGGUGUUUUCAACCUCAUAUAGUCCACAAUAUAUUAAAAUUUGCCAGAUUAUGAAAAAAACACCUGUCCUUUAAAUGGACCCAGGUUUUGCUGAAGUAGUCAGUAUGGGAAUUCAGUGUGUAGCGAGACAAGCAAAGACCUUGGGUAAUACUUUAUCCCCCAGUCUAUUUAGAGAUAACAGCACUGGCAAAAAUAAAACUUGGUUACAACAUAAAGGUACAUAUAAAUGUGGCCACAAUGUCUGCACCUGCUGCUCUGUUAUUCACGUAUCAAAAGACUUUACUUCUUGCACAGAGAACCAAACCUACAUGAAUAAACAAUACAUCAACUGUAACACAUAUGGUGUAGUUUACCUGAUUACCUGCAAAACUUGCCGACUCCAAUAUGUAGGGUGUACAUCUGGCCCCUUAAAAAUUAGGAUUAGGCGGCAUUUGUCGGAUGCAAUCAAAGAUGACCAUAAAAACACAAACACAUUCUGCCAUAUCUCAGCAGUCUCCCAUCAUGUCUUACAUCAUCAUGGAGGGGAUGUGAGUCACAUUAUGGUACAGGGUAUUGAAAAAGUAAGAUUAUAUGAGAGGGGUGGAGAUCUACAGAGAAAACCUUUUAAGUGUACAUUCACAUGUCCGCAAAUGGGUCCGCAUCCAUUCCGCAAUUUUGCGGAACGGGUGUGGACCCAUUCAUUCUCUA